CUCGUUGAUAAUUAAGCCAAUGCACCAUUCAUUAUAACCACAACCACAAACACAAACAACAACCUAGCUAACGUAACACGAAAACCAUGCUUGAUCUCAAUCCUCAUCAAUUCUCUAAUAACCAAGCAGAUCAUAAUAGUCACAAUUACUACUUCAACCACCAUGCAAAUAAUAACUACUAUAGAUCAUUUAACAACGAUAAUUUUAGGUUAGAAACAAGGGAUGAGGAGGAGGAGGAAGUGUCAUCUCCUCCUCUAUGGCGGACUAAUUAUAUUAGUUCAGUGGAAGAUCCUCGGGCCCUAUCGCCUGCGUCACGAGCACAGGCGAUUGCCCGAGGACAGAGAGAACUUAUGGAGAUGGUAGAGAACAUGCCAGAAACCUCAUAUGAGUUGUCAUUAAAGGAUAUGGUGGAUCAUCAUCAACAAAGAGAAUUAUUUAAUCAUGAAAGUAUUAGCAUGGAAGAAGAUCAAGAGCGAUCAAUUUUAGGACGUGGAAGUGAUGAUAAUUAUUAUAGUCAAGCGGAUGAUAGUCAAAGGUGGAAUAAUAAGAAAAGUAAUAAAAAAGGAAGCGUGAAAAGACAAGGAAGUAGUGGUAGCAAUAAAACGGGGAGAAUUAUCGUCAAGAAUGGAAGUAUAAAUCGUAACGAAGGGCUUCUAAUUAAUAUGUUUUUCCCAUUUUCUACUUCUUUUGGAACCAAGAAAAGAAAGAGUACUAAUAGUGUCAAAUUCUCCCUAAAACCGGAAGAACUAUUUAUAGAAAAAUCAUCUGGUGGUAGGGAUUGGUGGUGGUGGAAGAAAUAUAAAGGAGGGUCGUCGUCUGGUGAUAGCGAAAGUUUAGGGAUUACGAGUAGUAGCGCCGGGGAGAGUACCGGCAGAAGUGGCAGCAGCGGUAGCAGCGGUGGUGGCAGCCUCCGGAGUAAUAGCGACAGGAACAAAAAUGGUUGCAAAUAUGGAUGCUGGUCCUUCUUUCCCUCUAGGAAGAAAAAAAUGAUAAUGUCAAGUCCUGAUCACUAAGCCUUCUAUAGCUAGCUAAUUACAGAUCGACUUGAAUGUACAUUCAAUCAACCGAAGAUGUUACGUACGAAAGAGAUCGACGUUGUCCAUCGGCCAUUCGGCCUUAUGGAAUGAUAUAUGACGUGCGAAACGUGGUACAAAAUAAUUUUUCUGGAUCAGAGAUGUUUCAUAAUCUAUUUAUGAAUAGAAAAAUGUAAUGACGUGAUAACGUUGUUACAUACAACAAUAUAUGAUUUAUUUAUGUGUCAUAUUUAUGUACACAUUCAUUGCAACUAUAUAUUUAUAGAUACAUGAUAUGUAUAUAUUUGAGCUCAUUUUUUAUUUUA